AUGGAUAUUGUGAAUUUAUACUUUCACCUAAGAUCUAGCUGCUUUUAUAGGAACUUAUAUGGCCUGGCGGGCGCUGGGAUGAUGAUCCUGCUGCCGAUGGUAUUCUGCAUUUGCCACUCGGGCGGCUUCUUCCAUACUUUAUUCGCCGUGUUUAAGCUUGUGCUCGAGCCAAUCAAGCUGACAAUUAGAUGCCUAAAGCUGUAUCUUGAGUACUUGGACCGCAAGAACCUAGCUGACUCGGAAGAGGGAACACGUGAAGACGCCGUGGUAUCCGCUGAUUUCGCCAUUCUUUACCACAAGCUUUACAUGGUUUUGAUCGAAGAUUCAAUUCAGGUGAUCUUGGGCUGUGGAUAUUUGGCAGACGCUUCAAGGUGGUAUUACGAGCCGCAGUCGGAGAAUUCAUCGAUAGAAAUAAAAGACUGCACUCAAUCCGCACUUCAGAAUAUCAACCACGACCAAUUCGACUACAGUCAAUGGAUGCCAUUCGCGUCUGUUUGCAGGCAAGAUUGGGUCCACUUCUUUAAGUCAAUUAGAAACUUAUUUAUUUAUUGA